AUGAAAAGAGUUCUAACUGACAACCAGAAGAAUCGCAAUUACUUUGAUUCCGGUGAUCUGGCUCUUUCUGCGGCGCAUCAAGUAACCAACGAAGGUGCUAUUCAAACUGGAAGAGUCCAGCCCGAUCGUGAGAGCAUUUCCCAUCCUUACUCUACGGUCCCUCACACCAGCAAUGUUGAUAAGGAUGCCAACGAGGACUUGUACAGGAGGAAGAGCUUGAGCCCCGACAGACGAAGUCCGAUCUACCAGGGCGCUAGUGUCAAGCAUAAGAGCCCCAUGAACAAGGAAGAUAAGGGCGAGUUGGAUGAUAUCGCACGUUAA